ACACGCACAUAAAUUUUGCUCUGACAGGAAACAACCUCGAUUAUAGGAAGACGCUUUUCGACUUUUCAGCCAAAUGUGACGAGGACGCCGAUGGAAAUGGCUUCGGUCUCCGCCGUGGGUCUGCUUCUGCUCUGCUGCUCCGUCCUCGCAGAUUCUGAGGAUGCUUGUGACCAAUAUGCCGCCGCUGGGAAGGACGUCACCAUACCAAUGAAGUACAAGCUCUCAGAAAAGUUUAAAUGGAAAUUUAAUAGUGAAGUAAUAUUCUACAAGGCAAAGGACAGUAUUAUCGGCACGACCAACUAUAGUGUUGAUCCAGACGGAUCCCUGAAACUGGCAGCUGUGACAAAAGACAACGAAGGAAUCUACAAACCGGAAGUUUUUGGAGCAGAUGGAAAAGCCCUCCUGAAUGUGGAGGGCAUUCGUUUGUGCGUUGUAGAACGUGUACGGAAACCGAGCGUGAUCCAGAAGUGUUCAGAGAAAACAGUGGUGUUUACCUGCACCGCUGCCAAGGGAGAUGCGCAUGUGAAAUUUGAAUGGCUUCGAGAUAAUAAGGUGGAGGCGAAGACCCCGACUCUGACACUCAACACCCCAAAAGUGGAAAAUCAGGCGUUUAUUUGUAACGUUUCCAACGAGGUCAGCUCUGCCGUCAGCGACCCGAUCACUCAGAAUUGCUACAAGUCUGGUUUGUUGCCUGAUAGUUUAUUUGGAAUUAAUAUCUGGAUUAUCGUCGGCGUAGGAGCAGGUCUCGUUGUGCUGCUGAUCGUCUUGGUCAUUGUUUGCUGCAUCCGGGCCAGACGGACGAAGCGUAUGCGACUGAGGGAUGAGGAGGAGCUUCGUUUGGAGUUCACCAACCCAGACCAACAGCAGCAGUGCCACCAUCACACCGACCGCCACCAGCGCCCUCACCAGCACCAGCACCAGCACCAGCACCGCCACCAGCACCAGCAGCAGCCGGCCGGCCACACCGGGCCUCGGCAGCACCGCACCAAACAGAACCGCAGCCAGCCGCCGCAGACCAGAGCCGGCGAGCCGCCCAACGGGGUCCCCCAGCCCAGCCCCCGGAGGCCUGCACAGGCUCCCAGGCCGCCCAGCGACGAGCAGCCGCCUCCUCUGCCUCAGCCGAGGAAGAAAACCCCCAGGAAGGUGUGACGUGAGUUCAGAAAGCAGACGUCGUCUUCUGAUCCCCACACUGGACGUCUUCCCCUUUUUCAAUCUGUGCUUCUGUUCCACCGACUCAGCAGAACUCCACCACAGCUGCUCCUCCGUUGCAUCGAAAUGCUUUGAAAGUCAAUUUGAGCAAAACGUCCUGGUGGUGUUUAAAAUCCUAAACGCUGAACUCAAACUAUUAAUCUGCACAAGCUCCACUCAGGAGUUUCUUCUGUGGAGAGAAUCCACCAACAAACCUGAAGAACCUGUGAGGUUUACAACAACGAUCAAACUUUAAAGCCGUCACUUCAAACUGUACUUUUUCUAGAGUUUUCCUUCGUUUCUUUGUACUCGAGUAAAUGACAAAUAACACAUAAGUACUCUCCAGUGGAAAACAUAUCGUGUAUAUUAUAGAGAAUCAACAAUCAACCGAAUGUGAGCUUCAAACUUGUCUGAUGUUUAGAUCCUUUUCCUGCUGUUUUGACUUUUCCCUGUGACACGUCAACCAGGUCAUUGCGAGUCAUUCCACAUUAGCAGCAGGAACAGUUUGACAUUUUGGGGGACGAAAGGGGUCCAGGCCUUAGCGUCUUAGCUUAGCAUAAAGACUAGCAACAGGGAAGCAGCUCGAUUAAUUCUAUCGGAACCUCAUUUAUUAAUAAGUUGUAUGUAGAAGACGACAGAUGCAAGCCAGAAUUGAUUACUACUAAUUAAAGAGAGCAAUAACCCGUAUUUGGAGCUGGUACGAGUUUGCAGUAAAAUGCAAAUCUGAAAAUCUACAGCAGCACAACUUCCGACAAAAAGCUUUGUUGAAAAACGCCAGACGGUCAAACGCUAAAUCAGAGAUGAAUGAAAGCGCUGCUGCUGCGGAUGCAAAGAUUUUCGUGACGUUUCCAGGCAAGUUAGCUUUUAAUGCUAUGCUAAGCUAACUAAGUAAUGAGUGUUAGCUAUCUGCUCACCUAGCUUAGCGAUAAGCACCGUCAGGGGGAACUAGAUGAAAAAUUAUAACGAUAAAAUGUUUCAGUCGAUAUCGUUAACUAUGCAUCAUUUUAUUCGCCUUUUUUUUUUUUUUUUUAACGAGAACCGUUAUUAAUUUUUAUGUUAAUACAACAAUGAAAAUCGCUAAUAAAUACUCGUAAACACAAUAAUCAUCUGACCUUGAAACCUAUUAAAUAUAACGAUAAAAUAUAUGAACUUACAAAGCAGAAGAAGAAGAAGAAGGUCACGGUGUCAGUAAACGUGUCGUAGAUCAGCUGCAGUACCUGGUUGUUCCACCAGGUGGAGUUUAGCUCGUAAAGGGGGCGCCAUGACAAAGACUUCAGGGCGGCUUGACUAGAAGUAAAAAAUGAGAAGUGACGUAAAAUAAUGAGGCUUGAAUAGACGAGUACAAGUUUAGCUCUGUCUGCAUUUUGAAUUUUAUCAAUUAACCUCUUUGAUGAUUCUGUCGCAGCCGAUUAUCGGUUCACAAAAUUAGUUGAAAGCGUGCAUCCCAGGUUGUAUCGAUCGGCUUUCUUAUUAGUUUUAAUUAAUCAUCCAUCGCAGAUCACGAUGUUUUCAGGCCCUCAGUCCGCUCCUCAAGAUGCCAAACCGUUCAUUUUAACUGCAGCUUUUAUCAACUGUUUAUUUUUGUUUGUUUGUUUGCUGCCGACGAGCAGCCAAUGAUAGCGAGUUAUAUUUAUCGUUGUGUCACAAAGACUUUAAUGCAAUUAGACGUGGUCUACAGAGCCUCCGACGUGGGCUCUUACUUCCUGUCCAGCAGCUGCCUUUAAUGUGCGUUUUACAAACUAUUUUUAUCCGUUUCGUUGGAGGCGGGUUUCAAACUAUGUGUCAUGUGCGUUGUGUUUUGCUCGUACGUCGUCCUCCAGCCUUCUAAUUUAACAUUUACUGUGUGUGCUGUCAGCGGCAAACCGUCACUGUAACCUGUCUGUGUUUUAAAUAAACUCUGUUAAUUGUGAUGGUAAA